AUGUCAUAUUCAGUGGUUGAAAAUAUUGCUAAAACUUAUGGAUAUAAAUCAGGGGAUUUAAUGUACUACUUACUGCCAGGUAGUACUAUUCGAAAUGGUUUGACAUUAAUUACAUCAAACCAUGAUGUAAUUGAAAUGGUUAAACUCCACCAAGGUCUGCCAAUUGUAGAGUUGUACAUUGUUUCAUUUGAUGAGCCUUUACCCGACAGUGAGUAUGAAUACGAUGAUGAUGAUGGUGAUGAUGGGGGGUAUUCUAGGAUCGAGAGAGACGAUCCGUAUUGGGAUGAGGUAUAUGAACCGGAUCUUUUUGUUGAAAAUAAUGAUAUUCCUGAGACUUCCAUGGGGGGUGACAUGGGAGCUGGUCAACAUGUUAGUGGGGGGGGCAUGAGAGAGGGUGAAGAUGUCCCGGGGGAGGGCAGUGUAGACAAUGAGGAUGGUGAGGAAGGUGAGGAGAGUGAGGAGAGUGAAGAUGGUGUUGAGGAUAAUGAUGAUGACGAUGAUGCCAACUCAGACAUGGCGCGCAGUGAUAUUCUAAUAUCUCCUCCCAACAGUGACGAGGAGGAAGAGGUAGCACCUCAGAGUAAGUAUGUUACAAAGUCAUCUGAGUUCCAAAUGGCUGACUUGGGGCACCCAGAGUUCGUGGUGGGUCAGAAAUUCUCAUCAAUUAAAAUUUUUAGAACGGCUGUUAGGGAAUGUAAUUUAAAUAUGGGGAAGGAUAUUAAAUUCAAGAAGAAUUACCUCGCGAAGUGUAUAGUUGUAUGUAGGGAUCCAAAAUGUAAGUAUAGGUUGUAUGGUCGCAAAUGCAAGGAGGAAGAAUCGUUUGAAAUACGAUCAUUCCAGCCUAAACACACUUGCCGGAGGAAUCAUAAGAAUUCGAUUGUGAAAUCGUCAUGGAUUGCAGAUAAACUGAUUGACAAGUUCAGGGCACAACCUAACAUGCCUGUAAAGGCAAUCCUAGGGGAGGUGAAGGAUCGUUGGGGUGUGGAUGUAAAAAAAAACAGAUUGUAUAGAGCGAGAGUACUUGCAAAAGAGAAGAUUUGUGGGAAAGUGAAUGUUCAAUACCAGAAGCUUUGGGAUUACUGUGAAACAAUAAGGAGAACUAACAUUGGUAGUUGUAUAAUGAUGAAGUUGGAGAGACCUAUACCUGAUCUACCUGCAAAAUUCUAG